CGAAAACAUCAACUGUGCCAUAACUCAGAAUAAAUUCCACGGGAAUGGAAUGGCACCUAUUAUUUCUUAAAUCUACUUUACACAGAUGUUGCACAUGUUGUCCAGCAGGUGGCGGCACGUAGCUUCAGAUUGUUUCAGGUUCGCCAGUAAAAAGUGACGACGAAGAAGAAGAAGUGGCGGCGGCAGCAAUAGAAGAAGAAGAAGAGGAAGAAAGUUCAUGUGAUUACAGUCAUGUGAUGGGGCACAACAAACAGUAAAACCUGAGUGUAACUGAGCUACCAGUGGAGCAGUUUUACCUUAUCAUGGCCGUGUUCGUUUCACAGUCUUUAAGACAUAGUUAACUUUCUAACGGAGCUCGCUUGCAGCACCAGGUUGUGCCUCCCGGCGGACCGACCUGCCGUCAACAUGCGACCUGUUCUGCUCCUCGUCGUCGCUUUUACCGCUCACGUCUCGGCUCGGUUCACUCCGGACUGGACCAGUUUGGACGCCCGGCCGCUGCCUUCGUGGUACGACGAGGCCAAGCUGGGCAUCUUCAUCCACUGGGGGGUGUUUUCUGUUCCCGGGUUCGGCAGUGAGUGGUUCUGGUGGCACUGGCAGGGUCAGCAGCCCCCGGACCAGAAGUGUGUCGACUACAUGAGCCAGAACUACCCGCCUGGGUUCAGCUACCCGGAGUUCGCUCCUCAGCUUCAUGCCCAGUUCUUCAACCCGGAGGAGUGGGCGGACAUUUUUAAAGCUUCUGGUGCAAAAUACGUCGUCCUGACUGCAAAACACCACGAAGGAUUUACUAACUGGGGGUCUCCAAACUCCUGGAACUGGAACUCUGUUGAUACUGGUCCUCACAGGGACCUAGUGGGAGAUUUGGGAGAGGCUGUGCGCAACAGGUCAUUGCACUAUGGACUUUACAACUCCUUGUACGAGUGGUUCCACCCUCUCUAUUUGAAAGACAAGAAGAAUGGCUUCAAAACACAAGAGUUUGUGAUGCAUAAACUCCUUCCAGAGAUUUAUAACAUGGUUGUCAGGUACCGACCUGAGGUGAUCUGGUCUGAUGGAGACUGGGAAGCGCCUGACACCUACUGGAACUCCACGGAACUCCUGGCGUGGCUCUACAACGACAGCCCUGUUAAAGAUACCGUUGUGACCAACGACCGAUGGGGAGCGGGCUGCGCCUGUAAACACGGGGGCUACUAUAACUGUGAAGACAAAUAUACCCCGGGCAAGCUGCCCAAGCACAAGUGGGAGAAAUGCACGUCUGUGGACACUCUUUCCUGGGGUUACCGUCGAAACAUGAAGAUGAAGGAACUUAUGGACUUGCCCACCAUUAUUAAGGAUCUGGUCCAAACUGUGGCACUCGGGGGUAACUACCUUCUCAAUGUGGGUCCCACACCUGAUGGGAUGAUCCCCGCUGUGUUUGAGGAGAGGCUCAGGAGUGUUGGAGCCUGGCUGGAGAUCAACGGGGAAGCCAUCUAUGCCUCCAAACCCUGGAGGGUGCAGACUGAAAACACCACCGCACCAAUCUGGUAUACAUCUAAAGGGACCACUGUCUAUGCCUUCAUAACAACCAAACCUCUGAAGCCCGCAGUCCAGCUGCUGGAACCCAGAACAUCAUCAAGCACUAAGGUGACCUUGUUGGGGGAUCCUAAGCCCUUACCCUGGUCUCCAGUCCACCCCAAUGCUGGCCUCACUGUCCUUCUGCCUGAGCUGCCUUAUACUCCCGCUCAGGUGUGGACACUCAAACUGGAAGAUGUCCAGUGAGCAUUAAACACCUGAAGUGUCGAACCUCUGCCCGAUUAAAUAUUUAGAAUUAAGUAAACUCAGGUUUUUAUUAGGAGAAUGAAAAAAAACAAACUUGUGCACUAUGACUGAAGGGACCACGCUUGUGUAACGGCUAAGUACUUUUGCCAAAUUGAAAGAAUGAAGCACUCCAAAUCCUGUGUUGCUCGCUCUGAGGACUAAAAUUUGAAUGCGUCACUGCUUCUUAAUUGUAUGUUUUUUUUUUACGAUGGCAUUAUUAUGAAUGAAAAGUGGAGUUUUCUGCUCAGCUUUUGCAGCUCUUCUGUCAGUUUCUCAAUUGUCAAAUUGCUUUUUGUUUGUACAGUUCAUUAUUCCACUGGUUUGGAUUGAAAAUGAACUCAUUUUUUGACUUUUUUGUUUUUUACAUUGAUUUUGCAUUGUCUGAUUUUUAGCUUUUAGGGUUUGUAAAGAAUUAAAAUCACGUAAAGCAAGGUCAA